AUGAUAACCUUUCCAGCAAUUUUGCCCCACCAGUUCAUAUUAACGCAUCCUUUUAGGAAAAGCGCCUGGCGAGAUCAUGAUGCACUUCCAAAUUUGUUUUCUUCCUCCUUUCGUAAUCGAUGCAAAGUAAUAUCAGCCGAUAAAAUGGCAACUAGGAAGCAAGGAACGAACUCACCAUCAUGCAGCUACGCAGAACUUGCUACAACUCCAAUUGAUUGUGCCUUUAUUCAUAGUGCAGCAGAAUGCGGAUCAGAGAUCAACACUAUUUCAGGUGAAGUUUGCAGAGAGCCACUACAUCCACAGCCAGUAAUCCUAAAUUCUCCAUCACAAAGACGUUCUUUGAUGAUAAAUAGCCCAUGCAAACCAACACAUUUUGAUCGAUUUAAAAUGGGUCUAAAACGUCUUCUAGACCAUAGUACAGUUCAUGGUCUGAGUCAUGUCUCUACAGCAAAAAGUCGACUCGGUCGAGCAGCCUGGUUUUGUCUCUGGUUAGCUGGGCUAACAGGAUUCAUUUUUAAUAUGGCACUAAUCGUGGAGCGAUAUAUAAGCUGCCCUGUUUUGAUAAAUAACAUUGAAGAUUAUGAGACUUUUGAAUGGCCAGACUUGACCUUCUGUAACCCUACAACACCUUACGUCCUGCAAAAUCCAGAAAUAAAAGCAAAGUGGCUUAAACUUGUGGAAAAGGCUCGUCAAACUGUUGAUAACUUGCCAAGACAUGAGAUUUUUAAGGAGCUUGAUCAAUUCGAAUGGAGCGAGAUUGCUGUACAGACCCUUGUUUUCUCUACGAUCUCAGCGGACGAGUUUAGAAUAGGAUUGGUUAACGAGAUGCUUCAUUUUGCAGCUGCUGAUGUAGGCAGGCCCGGAAUUGCUCUUUCCAUGGAAGAAAACGGAAAGCUGAUUUAUUUGCACUCGCCACUGUCCGACUAUGCAUAUACUCAAUUUAUACAGAAGCGAUUUAACAUUCCCUGCAUUACAUUUCAAAUAAUUUAA